AUGGCAGUUUUCCAGAUUGUGUCAGACCUCCACCUUGAGAAUCCCCGCGCAUACGACCUGUUCCACAUUCCUCCCAAAACUCCCUAUCUCGCACUCCUGGGAGACAUUGGAACCGUGAAGGACGACGAGCUGUUUGCCUUUUUGGAGACGCAACUUCGGAACUUUGAGCUAGUAUUCUUUCUACUGGGGAACCAUGAACCGUACGGCUCCAACUGGUCGACCGCGAAGCAUCGGGUCAAGGCGUUCUCUGAAGACAUUAGUCGGCGGCGAACUCAAGAGACGGGACUGGGAAAGUUCGUCUUUCUUGACCAAACACGAUAUGACAUUUCCGGUGAUGUGACAGUGCUCGGAUGCACAUUUCAUUCCAGGGUUCCCAAGUCCCAAUCACUGUCAGUCAGCUAUCGUCUGAAUGACUUCUACGACAUUAGUGACUGGACCGUUGCGGCUCACUGCGAAGCUCACGAAGCAGACCGAAAAUGGCUGAAUGAGCAAGUAUCACAGAUAAUCGCUGCGAACCCUCACCAGAAGAUCGUCAUUUUCACCCAUCAUUCUCCGACAGUCGAAUCCGAAGCUUGUGAUCCUGCCCAUGCUAACAGUCCGAUAUCCUCAGCCUUCUCAACCGAUCUCACUGGCGAAGAUUGCUGGGAAAAGCCACAAGUAAGACUUUGGGCCUUUGGACACACACAUUACAACUGCGAUUACACCCAACAGCGCACGGGGAAAAGAGUGCUGGCAAACCAGAGGGGCUACUAUUUUGCUCAAGCGAAGGCAGCUCAUUAUCCCAUAUCGAUGGCGUCUAUUACACGUGCGCUGCGGCCACUGUCCCGCACCAUCCCCUCUAUCCGCCCUGUCGCAACCCGACCGUUGGCCUCUCGCCUUCCUCAAAGCACCUAUGCUUUCUCUACCACUUGCCGGCGGCGCGAUGUCGACCUGGCCAGCCUCACACCGACACCGAUCUCCCACCUCUCCGAGACUGAGUCCUUGAUGGCCGAGACCGUAUCCAAGUUUGCCCAGGAGCAAAUUGGCCCGAAAGUUCGGGAGAUGGACGAAACGGAGACUAUGGACCCGGCUUUGGUAGAGCACCUCUUCGAGCAGGGUAUUAUGGGAAUUGAGAUUCCCGAAGAGUUCGGUGGUGCGGGAAUGAACUUCACUUCUGCGAUCGUGGCUAUUGAGGAACUGGCUCGCGUCGAUCCCAGUGUCAGUGUUCUGGUUGACGUACACAAUACCCUUGUGAACACCGCCUUCAUAAAGUGGGGAGAUGCACAGGUUCAGAAGAAGUGGCUGCCUAAGCUGGCCACCGGAACUGUUGGAUCAUUCUGUCUUUCUGAGCCUGUUUCUGGGUCAGACGCCUUUGCCCUUCAGACGAAGGCUGAGAAGACGGCGGACGGCUACAAGCUGAACGGAUCCAAGAUGUGGAUCACCAACUCCAUGGAGGCGGGUGUUUUCAUUGUCUUCGCCAACCUUGACCCCAGCAAGGGAUACAAGGGAAUCACUGCCUUCAUCGUCGAGAAGGAUACACCGGGGUUCUCAAUUGCGAAGAAGGAGAAGAAACUCGGAAUCAGAGCUAGCAGCACCUGCGUGCUCAACUUCGAUGACGUUGUAAUCCCCAAGGGUAACCUCCUGGGUGAGGAAGGCCAGGGUUACAAGUAUGCCAUUGGUCUUCUGAACGAAGGCCGUAUUGGUAUCGCCGCCCAAAUGACCGGUCUGGCACUCGGUGCUUGGGAAGAAGCCGCUCGUUAUGUUUGGAAUGACCGCCGCCAAUUUGGCCAGCUCAUCGGUGAAUUCCAAGGUAUGCAACACCAGAUUGCCCAGGCCUACACCGAGAUCGCGGCAGCUCGCGCUCUUGUCUUCAACGCUGCCCGCAAGAAGGAAGCUGGCCAGGACUUUGUGCAGGACGCAGCCAUGGCCAAGCUCUAUGCCUCACAGGUCGCCGGCCGUGUCGCCGGCUCUGCCGUCGAGUGGAUGGGCGGCAUGGGUUUCGUUCGUGAAGGCAUCUCGGAGAAGAUGUUCCGUGAUAGCAAGAUCGGUGCGAUCUACGAGGGUACGAGUAACAUCCAGCUGCAGACGAUUGCCAAGUUAUUGCAGAAGCAGUACACGCAGUAA